AGGAGGAGGAGUACCGGGAGGAAGAGGAGGAGGCUCGGGAGGAAGAGGAGGAGGAAGAGCAGCCGUUCCCGGCCGUUCGCCGCCCGCUCCGGCCGCCUCUGCCCGGCUCCGGCCGCCUCUCCCCGGGCCCAUGAGCGGGCACCGGGCGAUCGCCCCGAAGCCACCGGCGGCGGCUCCCGGAGGGAUUUUUUUGGGAAUCGGAUACGUUUGGAUCCUGCAGCAGCCCCCAGCCCAACCGGGAGCGGCCCCGGGGGGAGCCCAGGGGGUCCUCGGGGGGAUCUCGGGGGGAUCCCAGGGGGUCCUCGGGGGGAUCCCGGGGGGAGCCCAGGGGGUCCUCGGGGGGAUCCCGGGGGGAUCUCCUGCCCCUUCCCUGUGCCAUGGACACAAAUCCCAUCCUCUGCUCGUCCCCCCCGCGCCGCUCAAGGAGGUGAAGACGGAGCCCGAGGAGGACAAACCCCCGCGGCAGAACCUUCUGGAAGAGCCCCUUGGGAGCGGCUCCGCAGCCCAGGGAUGCAAGGAGGAGGAGGAGGAGGAGAAACCCCUGAGACUCCACCCGAGGAUCGGCUGCGAUUCCCGGGGGGAAGGAUCCACCCUGGAGCCAGGAGGAGUCCAGAGCUCGGAGCUGGGGCUCCAGCAGCUGCUUUUUGAUAAAAAGAAACCCCACAGGUGCGAGGAGUGCGGGAAAAGCUUCCGCAAGAAGCGUUACCUGAACCUCCACAGCCGAAUCCACACCGGGGAGAGACCCUUCAAGUGCGAGGAGUGCGGGAAGAGCUUCAGGGUGAGCUCCAACCUCACCAUGCACCUGCGGAUCCACACGGGGGAGAGACCCUACGAGUGCGAGAAAUGCCACAAGAGGUUCCAGAGGAGCUCCAGCCUCAUCAGGCACAGGAGGAUCCACACGGAGCAGAGACCUUUCAGCUGCCCCGAGUGCGGGAAGGGCUUCGGGAAGAACUCCACGCUCGUCGCCCACCUGAGGAUCCACAGCGGGGAGAGACCCUUCAAGUGCGAGGAGUGCGGGAAGAGGUUCAGGGUGAACUCCAACCUGGUCACCCACCAGAGGAGCCACAACAGGGAGAGACCCUACGAGUGUGAGAAAUGCUCCAGGAGGUUCCAGAGCAGCUUCAGGCUCCUCCAGCACCAGCAGGUCCACACGGAGGAGAGACCCCACCAGUGUCCCGAGUGCGGGAAGGGCUUCAGGAAAAAAUCCCAGCUCGUGGCCCACCGGCAAAUCCACAGCGAGGAGAGACCCCACGAGUGCCCCGAGUGCGGGAAGGGCUUCAGGAAGAUCUACACGCUGGUGUCCCACCUGAGGAUCCACACGGGGGAGAGGCCCUACGAGUGUGAGAAAUGCCACAAGAGCUUCCAGAGCAGCUCCCACCUGCUCCGGCACCAGACGAUCCACACGGGGGAGAGACCCUUCCGCUGCCCCGAGUGCGGGAAGGGCUUCAACCGCAACUCCAACCUCACGGCCCACCGGCGCAUCCACAGCGGGGAGAGGCCCUUCCGGUGCGAGAAGUGCCCCAAGAGGUUCUGCACCAGCACCACGCUGCUCCGGCACCGCUGGAUCCACCUGGGCGAGUGGCCCUUCCGCUGCCGCGACUGCGGGAAAGGGUUCAGGAGCGGCUCCCACCUGGUGAAGCACCGGAGGAUCCACAGCGGGGACAAACCCUACGAGUGUCCCCAGUGCGGGAAGGGAUUCGCCCAGAGCUCCAACAUGAGCCGGCACCGGCGGAGCCACCACGGAGGGGAGAGCUGCGUCCCCCCACGGUGAUCUACGGUGAUCUGCGGUGAUUCAUGGUGAUCUGUGGUGAUCCACGGUGAUCUGUGGUGAUCCACGGUGAUUCCCGGUGAUCUGUGGUGAUCCACGACGAUCCCUGAUGAUCCGUGGUGAUCCCCAGUGAUCCGUGGUGAUCCCCGGUGAUCCCUGCCGGGAACUCUCCUGCCCGGGGUCUCCGGUUCCCCGGGGUCUGCGUUUCCUCCCCGCUGCUCUUUGUGUUUUCAGGAUCCCCAAUCCGGGAUCGCAAUAAAAGCCUUGAAUUUA